UUCAAUUUACUUUGCCUUCAAAAGCCUUACUUUUUGCGAGCACAAUAUCUUUCAUCCCACCAUACUAUAGGGAAAUUUUUAUCAUCUGUUUCUGUGCCUCCUGGGGAUGCACAUUCCUCUUUCUUUUCUAAGAAUUAGAGACAGGAGAAAAAAAAAAUAUGCAUUGAGAUGCUUGUACUUCCUCCCAGCCUAAGCUCUGAUCCUCAAGUGCAUUAUUAGUAUUACUGUUGUAAACAUUAAACAUUCAGUGAUCAGUCGAGCCAGAUGUAUUUUGAUGGGAGUGAGGCUGAGCUUUAAGCCAUUAGGUUUAUCUAAGCUAUGUUUUCAAGCUUUUCUAAUUCACAGUUGUCUAAAAUGAACUUUCUUUUAUUAAUAAAAAAAUGAAAAUUUUUAUUUGCCUGCAUUUAAAAAGAGCACAACAAUGUGAGAUUUCUUAGAAAGUGGACAUUAGAAAUGAGUUUUAUAUCGUUAUGAGUUUAGACAACUAUAUUGUUCAAAAGUGACUAUAACUUAGAGUUUUAAAUUUCUAUUUAUGCCCUGUGCUGCACAUUGGGAAAAAUUGCAUAAACCCCUUUUUGAAGUCAGGUCAAAUUUGAUACCAGAAACAGAGACCAGCAGCCGCUGAGUGGGGAUGAUCUAGGAACCAUGAGACAAAGUGGGGAAAAAAAAAAAAAAAAAAAACCCAACUCACAGAAAACCAUCUUGCAGAUAGGAAAAGGAUGAAUAACAAAGGAAACCCCAAACGUGAGAAGGCAAACCCCAGCCCUCACUCAGAGGCUGUGAAGGCAGAGGAAGCCGGCAGGUGGACUCCGAAAGCCCUCAUAGGAGGUGAGCCUCUUCCUGUGGCGGCCACACGCCAGCACAGCCCGUGGAGGAGCCUCCUCUUCUUCUUCUUCUUCUUCUUUUUCUUCUUUUUCUUCUUCUCCUCUCCUGUGGCCUCCGUCCCCAGGACUGUCCAGCCUGGCAAGAUGAAGUGGAGGAGGAUCGCCAUCCUGGCCACCCUGCAGGCACAGCUCCCAGCCACAGAUGCUGCAUCAGUUCUUGGCCUCACAGAUCCCAGGCUCUGCUACAUGCUGGAUGGAUUCCUCUUCAUUUAUGCAGUGGUCAUGACAGCCCUUUUUGUGAAGGCAAAGCUCAGCCAGGCCUCUGAGCCACAGCUGCGACCAGGCCAGGAUGAUGUGUACAAUAAACUCUCCCGCACGCACAGAGACGAUUACGAUGUUCUGGGAGGAAAGCGAGGAGCAGACCCCGAGCUGGGCGGGAGACACCAGCAGAGGAGAAAGAACCCUCAGGACACUGUCUACACUUCACUGCAGAAGGACAAGAUGGGUGAGGCAUACAGUGAGAUUGGAAUGAAGGGAGAGCAGCAGAGGCGGCGAGGCAAAGGCAAUGAAGGUCUCUACCAGGGGCUCAGUGCAGCAACCAAGGACACUUAUGAUGCUCUCCAAAUGCAGCCUUUGCCUCCCCGCUAAGUGGGAGCCUCAGAGGGGAUGGGCAAGAGUGAGAGAUGCCCACCUGCUUUGGGGAGGAGAGGGGGGAAAACCUUUUUCAUCCAACACAAGCACUAUGUGUUUUCUGUGUGCAAGAACCUCCUGGGGUUGGUGCACAGAAUUUGGACCUGGCCUUUUCCUUCUCUCUCUCCCCUCCUGAAUCAUGUAACUGCUUCUGCUAUUAGAAUGUACAUAUCUGUAAAGUUGUUUCCAAUUAUAGUGGGUGUUAGGCUGAUUUUUUUUUGGUCAGGUUUGUGUUGUGGGGACUAGACCACACCUAACAAACACAGCUAUUUCCAUAGCUCUUCCUUGUCUUCCAGAAUACUAAGACAUGGAAUUAAGGCUUUAUUGCAUUUAAACAAUUUGCAAAGAUAGGGUUGUAUUUACUUCCUGCAGUAUUUAUCUUAAGACUAUUUCACCCUUUUUGCUUUAAAUUUGCCUUUAAAAAACUGCUUCAAUGGAGGGCAACUUUUUUCUCUAAUUAUAAAGAGUGACAUGAUGUUACAGUAGUGAAGCAGAGAGGCUGAAUGCAAAUUUUCCAGUAGGAAGAAAAUGAGCACCAAUAUCCAAAAAAAGAUCAAGCAAAUGGCACAGCCACUCAUCCAUAAAUAUGAGCCAGGUAAGCUGAGUGAGAGACUUCUCUGAAGGCAGAAAAACAAAGAAAACAAGGAGAUGGGUUCCCCUAUUAUCACUUCCAGACAACAAACUGUACAAAAGCCAACAUAAAGGCAGUUUCCAAACCACUCUCUCAUGAGGCUGCCUCUAAAAGGUGCAGGUAUCAUUCCAAGGAGGUACCAGCUCAGUAAUGUCAUGUGUUUUUGAUGAAUUAAUAAAAUAGUGCCACAGUCCCGUGUGUGUGUAGGGAGCAGCAGGGGGAACGGCACGAGCUCCUUACCUGAGGCAUUCAGCCUGUCAGGACCAGCCUGCACCCAGCAGCACCAUCUCCCAGGGAAGCUGAGGAGGACAGGAUUCCAGCAGAAGCUCCUACACACGUCCCAGAAGCUGGGAUGGGCUGUUGGGAAAAUGCCCCAAACCCAGGUACCAAAGGACACUCACCUCCUGCUGCUGCAGCCUCAGUUUUGCCCGUGCCUCGCAAGGCUGCACAGGGAAGCCUGGAGGAAUUCAGCAUGGACAAAUCCAGCCCAGCAACAUCAGGGGUGCUUCACCUCGACCCAGGAGCUGACCAAGCCAUCUCACCAGUCAUCACAGAAGAAGCAGAGCUAAAGCAAGGCUGUGGGAACAAGAGCUGCUGCUCUGGGUGCUGGCCAAAUGAGGUUAUGUCUUCUUUCCAGGGACUGGGUGGGUUUUCAGCAGAAAAACUUGCUGAAAUGGGUGCUAAGCAAGUUCCAAGGCAGUUUUACUUCUUUAAGUAGUAAAACUGUACCUGCAGUAGG